GUAUAGACAAUGGAAGGUCGGUUUACUUCAGGGGAUUAUGAGACCGAGCGCGGUAUUGAGAACACCGGGUUCCAGCUGCAGGAAAGUGGUGAGCACAUCAAGAACGGACACCCGGUGGUGAAUCAAAACAAUUCGUUACAAGUGCCUAAGAGGAAAAAGUCUUUAGUGCAGCUGACCAGAGAGGCUCUACCUAGAUUAGAAAAUUACAGGAAUUCGAGGAAGGCUGUGAAACGGCCCAGUUUGGGAGAAUUACAUGAAGGAGAGGAAUCGAAGGAAAACAAUCAUGCCACAGACACUAACAUAGCGGUGGAAGACCAGUCAGAGCCGCACGCAGGAAUAAAGCUAGGAUGGAUACAAGGUGUCCUCAUACCAUGUCUUCUCAAUAUCUGGGGAGUCAUGUUAUUUCUUCGCCUGUCUUGGGUAGUGGCGGAGGCAGGUAUUGGUGUCGUUGCUACUUUAGUAAUGAUCCUCAUUUGUGCCGUUGGAAUGGAAUGGGAAUCGAAGGCGCAGAAUUUCUUGAUAGCUGCAAUUGUGGGAGCAAUGGUAGAUUUUAUAGUUGGGACUAUAAUUGGACCUACAAGUGAUCUGCAAAAGGCGCAAGGUUUCGUAGGCUUUAACAGAUGCAAGGAAACACGCAUUGGAGGGGGCAACCACUUGCCAAAGGAUCCUGCAACAGCUAUUCCAAGAGGCACUCUACUAUCUCUUCUGAUCUCUAUGUUUUCUUAUGCUGUAUUUGUGAUCUUCGCUGGUGGAGCAGCUCUUAGAGACGCUAGCGGAAAUACUACUGAUUUAAUGAAUGGUUCUAUAACUUAUUGUGUUACUGAUGAGUCAUGUAAAUAUGGAUUAUUUAACAGCUACCAGAUGAUGCAAAUCAUGUCCAGUUGGUGGCCACUUAUCUAUGCCGGAUGCUUCGCAGCUACUCUAAGCACAGCUUUGACAAAUUUGUUGUCGGUACCGAGACUUAUCCAAGCUCUUGGCAUUGAUCGAAUUUACCCAGGACUUAUCUUCUUCUCCAAAGGAUAUGGUAAACAUGGAGAACCCUAUAGGGGAUAUAUAUUGACGUUCAUAGUAUCUAUUGCGUUUUUGUUGAUAGCUGAACUGAAUGCUAUAGCUCCACUGAUAUCCAAUUUUUAUCUUGCAUCCUACGCCCUUAUUAAUUUCUGUACCUUUCACGCCGCAUUAAUCAAACCGUUGGGUUGGAGACCAACCUUUAGGUAUUACAACACAUGGUUGAGUCUUUCUGGGUUUAUAAUGUGCGUUGUAAUAAUGUUUCUGAUUAACUGGUGGUCUUCUUUGAUAACAUUUGGAAUUAUCUGGGGUCUCUACCUUCUAGUAGUUUACAGAAAGCCAGAUGUAAACUGGGGAUCUUCUACUCAAGCCCAGACAUACAAAACAGCUCUUACAACAGCUCAACGGUUGAACAAUAUCAGUGAACACGUGAAGAACUACAAGCCACAAAUUUUGGUACUGUGCGGUUAUCCACAAGUUAGACCACUGUUGAUAGACUUUGCUAAUCUUAUUACCAAAUCCCACUCCUUGCUGAUCAUUGGGGAUGUGAUCAAUAAACGAAUAAACCACAGAACAAGAUCUACAAGAACAUCAAAAGUCUAUAACUAUUUGAGAAAUAGAAAAAUAAAAGCAUUCUAUACAAUCAUCGAUAACAUGUCAUUUGAAAUCGGCUCGAAAGCUCUUCUCCAAACGUCAGGAAUCGGCAAACUUAGCCCCAACGUGUUGAUGAUGGGAUACAAAAACGACUGGCAGAUUUGCAACAAAGAAGAACUUCUUGCGUACUUCAACGUUUUACAUGCGGCUUUUGACCACAGAGUAGCAGUAGCUAUACUCAGAUUGGGCGAUGGGCUGGAUUAUGGAAUUCUACUAGAUGACGCCGAUCAGGAUCGCAUCAGUAACGACGCCUCACUAACACCAGCUUCAAGAAACGAACUAAGAACGUCUGUUUCUAGUAACAUUAUGCAUGCCGAUUCUAAUUUAAGUUUGACAACAGUGGGUCUUCCAGAAAACAACUCAUAUAUCAAUCUGCAGACCCCUGCAGGGUCCCACAACGGCAAACAAAAGAAACAACGUCCAGGUCUUGACGAAAUCAUCAUCACCCCACCGGAUGAGCAAGCUAAGUUAGAGGAAAAACUCGAUAUGUUUAGGAGGAAGCAGCCCAAAGGCUACAUAGAUGUUUGGUGGUUGUACGAUGACGGUGGAUUGACUAUGCUUUUACCUUAUAUUAUUAACACAAGAAAUAGUUAUUCCAGCUGCAAGCUGCGAGUGUUUGCCAUGGCUAAUAAUAAGAAUGAAUUGUUGCAAGAAGAGAAAAACAUGGCCCAUUUGUUAUCAAAAUUCCGAUUGGACUAUUACAGUCUACAAAUGGUUUCAAUAGCGGAUAAACCCCAAGAUUCCACAAUAGACUUUUUCAACGAAUUAUUGACGAGGUUUAUUACAACAGAGGAAGUCAAAGAGAGCGAUUGCAUGAUCAGCACGGCAGAAAUCGCUGCAUCACAAGACAAAACUUAUAGGCAGUUAAGAUUACGAGAAUUACUUUUGCAACAUUCCAGUGAGGCCAACUUAAUUGUUAUGUCUCUCCCAUGCCCAGGAAAGGUACAGUGUCAGCCCCACUAUACAUGGCCUGGCUGGAAGCCCUCACGAGAGACAUGCCACCUUACUUGCUGGUGCGGGCUACUUGGUCUUGGAAUCCUAACCAUUGGAGUAUGGGCUUGGAGUGAAAAAGAUAUAUUCAAUAAUUUAGGAAAAGUUGCCAAUGUUGCUCUAGAUCCCGCUUUUGUAUUAAUAUGUAUAGGAACAGUAACUUUUGUGAUAGGCUUUACUGGCUGUGUAGGGGCACUAAGAGAGAACACUUGCUUGCUAGCCACAAUCAAAUCUCAAGCAACAAUUGGAUUUCAAACGUUUAUAAUUCACUAUAGAGAAGAUCCUGAUCAACAGAACCUUAUUGACUGGAUUCAGGAAGACUGGCUUCAGUGUUGUGGAAUUGAAGGACCCAAAGACUGGGAUCGCAACAAUUACUUCAAUUGUUCAUCAAAAGAUGUUGGUAGCAGGGAAGCUUGUGGAGUGCCAUUCUCAUGUUGCAAAAGGAAACCAAAUGAGAUUAUUAAAAAUAAACAGUGCGGAUAUGAUGUUCGAAAACCUGGAUUUGUAAGUAUUUAUUUAUUGCUACGUGCGAUAUUUUUCUGUGACUUUAUAAUUAUUUAUAUACACAAACAUGUUAUUGCUUAA